UGCUUAUUAUUAACGGCCAUAAGAGCCACUGCUUAAUAGAAUUCCAGGACUACUGCAAGGAGAACAAGAUUAUCACUCUCUGCAUGCCACCACACUCAUUGCACCUCCUGCAGCCUCUUGACGUUGUCCCAUACUCGCUGUUGAAGCGCCACUACAGUGACAGGAUCUCGCUCUUAGCAUGUAGCUGCAUCUACUAUAUUAAUAAAGAAACCUUCCUACUAGCCUUUAAAGUAGCUUUUAAGAGGACGUUUACACUAGAGAAUGUUUGUGUUGUGUUAUUAAAGCUUGAUGUACAGCUACGUACGCCAACGCCACCUGCACUAGGCACUGUUGCCUAGGAGGCGUAAACACCACGCAACGCCUGCAAGAUAGAGGCGCAGUUAACGCUGAUCUAAAAUUGCAUGUAAAUUAUUGUAGGUCACUAGCAAGUUUAUUAGAUAAGCAGGUUAAGCAGUUAAGUAAAGGCGCUUAAUAGAUAGCUUAUAAUAUAGUGUUAGUACAGGAGGAAAUAGGCUGCCUAUAAGACGCUGUUAC